AUGCAAAUCCGAGGUUUACCUGAAGCUGAAGAGUCCUUUGAACAAUAUGAGAACGCACUAAAUAAUGAUGGUUUUUCCGUUAUCUCAAGUGCCGGUCAAAGUACGAUUUCCAGUCGCUCAAGUAGUCCUAGUCCUCCAAUCCAUUUAAAUGAUUCUCAAUCAACAAAUGAUUUGCUACAACAAGAAUUAAGCUCUAUUAAUUUUCAAUAUACCGAGAGUGAUGACUCCCAAAAUACAGAUGAUGCGCAUUCUUCAUCCACACAAGAUGAUCAACCUCCGAUUCCUAAUAAUUUCGAUGACAUGACGAAAAUUUUAUUUGAAAUAGACAGAAGUCAAAAAGAUGAAGUACAAUCACCUAAUACAAAUGCGACUGAUCAAAGUCCGAAAACUACUGAAAAAUGUUCCAAAGAAAAUGAUGAUUAUAAGAAACAUAUUCGUGCUGCUAUUGAAGGGCAUAAAUAUUUUAACAAAGAUCCAACAAUCAAGAUCAACUACGGAAAAGAUCUGGCCGAAUACAUCCCUGGCUUAUAUCGUUUAUUGGAUUUGUGCAAAGAUGAUGGUUCAAAUGGACUUGUGGAAAUCUUUAUACGUAUUACAUUUUAUAGUUUUGAUUUGCUUACAAUGUCGCGUUCUUCUGGUGUUAAACGGGAAGUUGAAAAUCAACCGACCCUUCGAUCUGGAAUCUAUUUGUUAAUGGUUAAUCCUGAUGUUGGUUUAGUAAUUCACUGGCCUGAAGUGGGAUGUUACGAAGAAAAUGCUUCAUCGCAAAAAAAGAAAAAUAUGACUAAUCUUCAUAGAUAUCUUACUAAACUUACCGAUCAGCAAAUUUGUUUUAUGAGUGAAAAAGAUUUGGAAAAUUUCAAUUGGGGUGUGGAAAAUGAUGAACAAGAUUCAGAUGACGAAGAAAAUAAUAUGUGCUAUGAAUUUGAAGUUAAAAAAAGUCAGGAGGAGCAAGAAGAUUUUAAAUUGCACCCCGGUUUUCAGGUAUAUUUAAUAGUUGUCACAACAUUGCUGGAUUCACAUUCAAUUAUUAAUCAUAAUAUUUUCGGUCAUUUAUGUAUUCAGAUUAAUCUUCCAGCUACCGUAAAGAAAAAUUUAGAAUAUAAUGACAGUUCAUUGACUCCUAUGGAACUCCAAUCUCGUAUGCAAGGAUAUUCUUUGGAAAUUGAUCGUAAAAUGAGUAUGAAAGCUUUAGGGUUUUUAAUCAAAGAUGGAUUAGACCAGGAAAAAGAGUUAUUGGGUCCAUUAAAUGAUGCUAUUACCCUGGCAAAAAAGGACAAUGACUUAAAAAAAGAAAUGGAAAAAAACAGUAUUAAAACCGAUGCUGGAUAUGUUACGGCGAUGUCACGAGAAAAAAUUAAAGAAUUAUACAAUAAAUUUGAACUUCGGUUCAUUAAAACUUCAAUGGAAACUCCGAAUGCUCAAAUUGACGAUUCUGGUACGAAAAUUUUUUGUCAUUUACAAACCGUGUUGUAUGAUUAUUCACUCUGUAUUUUGUUUAAUUAUAUAGCUAUUAAACGUAUUAAUACUAAAUAUCCUGAUAUGCAAAAAAAAAUUGCGGAUGUGGCUAAAAUUAAUUCUUUAUCCUGGAAAAAAUUAAAGCAACGAUACUUAUUUGCAAGGUUAAUCACUGCCAGAGCAUAUGCUGCAACUAACACUGAUGAGAAUAAAGAAGAGAUUGGCCAUUCUACUCUUAAAUUAUUAUAUGCUAUAUUUUUGGAUGACGAAAAAGAUAUGCAUGUUGUUGUUAAAAAACACACUGAAGCUCAGAAAGGACUACUCAGCUUUAUUACUUCUUCGUUAACUUCGUUUUUCUCUUCUAAUUCAACUUCAAAAAAUGAACCAAGAAAUAAUCAAAAAAAUGAGUCAAAAAGUGUUUCUAGCCACAUAAAUGACACAAUAAAGCAAGCAGAAGAGUAUGCAAAUAGAUACGAUGAUUCUACUUUUAUUCAUGACCUACAUACGGGAUCCUUUUUUAACUCCAAUGAAGAAAUUAGACGAGGAAUCAUUGAUGCUUUCUUUCGUGAAUAUUCAAAAUGGAGAACCGAUACUUUUGCUCCAGAUGUAAAAGGAAUUUUACCUAAACUUUCUGGUCCUUUGGGUAAAGAAAUAGAUCGUAAAUUAGACGAAGAAUUCACAUUGCUCAAGCGGGAUUUAGAAAUGCGUGAAUUUGAAAAAAUAUGUCAAAAAAUUGAAGAAAAGUAUUCAACAGAGUCAACAAGGUAUGUCUGUCGAGUUCAAAUGGGUGCCGCAAAUGGAAACUACACUUCGGGCUUUAAAAUUAACCCUUAUGACAGGGUUGAAACAACACAACCUGAUCAAUUGCAAAUUACUAUUUACGAAACGUCAUUGGAACAAACUGAUACCUUUGAAUUACAAGAAAAUGAGUUAUAUGUACCUAAACCCAGAUUGUUUACAAAUCAUUAUGGAACUACAGGAUUGCACGUUUAUGCAUUUGAUGAAGGAUAUACCAAUCUAUUUCCACGCAAUUCAAAUGUUCCAAUAUUGCAAUGGUAUAACUUUUCGGCUCCAAAUAUGCAACAUUUCUUUUUCAUUAAAGAUACUGAAGAAUUAUGCUUUGUGGAAGUCGGAGGAAGAGCACGUAUAUAUAACCUUGUUAAUGGACAAUUUCGUCCUGGAAUAGGACAAAUUCCAGCUAAUGCAACAAAUGUUGUAUCUACUCCUGAUGGAGCAUGUAUCGUUGCUUUUGUGAAAGAAACAUUACAAUCUCUUGAAUAUAAUCAAUUUUCGUUAGUCCAUAAACGUCAAAUACAUAUAACAACUCUUGACCUCGAGAAUGGUAUAUUUUGUUCAACGAUUGCUAAAGUUACCCUUGAAAAAACACAAUACCGUUUCCAACAGAGAUCACAAAAAAGAUCUUUAGGACAAGUGAGAUUGUCUUCUACUUCUCGAAGUAAAAACUUUUCUAUUGUUGAAGGAAAAAACACAAACUUUACAAAAGAUGUUCAUGAAGGAGAAAAUCUUGUAUUAUUGGGUGAAAGAUAUAAUGUAUUGGAAGUUCUUUCAGAUACAACAUUAAAGAUUUCUAAAUCUUUUCAACCAACAAAUAAUGAAUGGAUGGAAUUUAGAGUUGAACCUAAAACCAAUCUUAAUGGUCUUAUUGACUCUUAUCGACUAAUGUUUGAAAAAUAUCCAGUUGAUAGUUGUAUUGAUACAGAAAAAAAUCAUCCUUUAAGCUUGCAAAUUGCUUUGGAUACGCAAGAUGAUGAUAAAGUUGAAGAUUAUCAAGAUAAAUUUGAAGAUUAUGUUUCUGAGAUGUUUGAAGAAUUAAAACGAUCAACAAAGAAACCGGCUACAUCUUUAAAAAAGUUUACUGUGACGGUUACUACCUUUAAUGGUCUUGAUAUUGUUGAUUCUGAAUUUCAACAAGAAAACACCACUGAAUAUCAACUUGGAGAAGAUGGUUUAUCAUCAGAAGUUGAACAAGCAGACCUUGAAGAUGGAUAUGCCAGACACGUUGAUGCAAUUGCACAAAAUAUAAGUUUUGGAUGGUACGAAGGCAUAUUUAAACAUUUUGGAAAUCGUCAAGUUAAAGUAGUUAGUUCUAUGGGUGAACAAAUGAUUACUAAACAAUACUUAUACGUUGCUCUGGAUUUCGAGGGACUCAAGUCUCUCGAACGAACACCUCAAGAAGGCAUAGACAUGUCAACAAUGUUUCAAAGGUUCCAAGAUGGUGCAACUUUAUUUGAAUCUGAUCCAAAGAUAUUUCAGGACGUACCAAAACAAGAUCGAGAUGAUAUUGUUCGAGAGUUUUCAUUAAAGUUUAAUACUUUGGUGGCCGAGGAAGGCGAAGAUAAUUUCAUAACUAGAAUGUAUCCUAGUGGAUUAAAUAUCACACCUUGGCCGAUGUUCAAUGAUCCUGCCUGGUUCAAGAGUUUAAAAGAUCUUAAAAAACUUCUUGAUAAACAAAAACCCAAAUAUGAGAAUGCACGCAUAUUCUUGCAAAAUACAAAAGUGAUUAUGGCUAAAUUGAAGAUUUGUGACUGGGGAUCUUUGGAUGAAAACCUAGUUCAAAUUCGUGUUGCAACAUUGAAAAGACUUCUUCCAACAGUUAUAUCACUUGGUGUUGAACAAAAAGAUCAAGCCAUUGAACAUUUAUUGAAUCGUGAUACAGGUCUUUGUAUCGAUGAUCCCACCAUUCCUAUAUCAGAUAUAUUUGAAGAUUUUGAUAAUUCAGCAAGUUUACUUCCUGAUGCAGAAAUUUUACUAUUUGAAGAAAACAGAGAUUUUGUUCAACUUUCUUCAGAUCUAAGGGUUUAUUUUGAAGAAAAUGUGCAACAACGUAAAGAGGCACCGAAUGAUAGUGUAUGGUCUAGUCGUUUAGGAAAAUUCUUUAAAUAUAUUAUUGAACGACGAGUUUUACGCGUUCAAGAGUGGUUUACACAAAAUACAGCCAAAUUCCCACAGGAUAAUAGCGAUGUUGUUAUUGGUCGAUAUGCAGUUGAACAAGAAAUGAACAAACUUACUCUUCUAUGGACAUUAUGUGGUCUUACUUGCAAUGAUUGUAAUCUUAAAUGUUUAAAAAAUCGUGAUCAUAAAGAAGGACAUGAUUGUUUAACUGAUCAUGAAUGCCAUGCUACUUGUCAAUUUACUGAAGCGCAUGCUAAUAAAAAUCUCAUCCCACAAUGCAGCCACAAAGCUGGUCAUGAAGGAAAACAUGCAUGUUCUCGUAUUAGCCAUUUAUGUGGAAAGCCUUGCUGUUUUUCGGACAAACGAAAUUGUCAAAAGAGAUGUUCGAAAGAGAUUGGUCAUGAAGAAGAGGAUGAAAACCAUCUAUGCCAAUCUCCG